AUACGCGUUGGACAGUCGGAGGGACAGGCAUCGCCGGACUCGCCUCCACGAGCUUAGUCGGCUCUGUCGUCGUUCCGAGGAAAGAAGAGCAGGACAGCAUGUCGAGCCUGCGAUUUCGCGGACUCCUCGCGAUUCUCGCGCUCCGGCUGGCGAUCGGCGCUUCCCAGGCGCCCGUCACUCUGCUGCUGGUGCUGGAGCAGCCGGACGCCGGUAUCCUGAGCAGCAUCAACAGCAUCGUCAGCGAGGCGGAGAACGAGUUCGGGGCGAACCUCGUCAAGGUCGACGUGCAGGCGGUCCUCGUGGACCGCGAGUACGUCGACCUGAACUUCGAGAAGGUCUGCGCCCAGCUCUACAGGGGCAUAACGAUGAUCCUGGACAUGACCUGGACCGGCUGGGACAAGCUGCGCGACCUCGCCCGGGACUUUGGGAUAAUCUACAAGCGCGCCGACACGACCAUCAGCGCCUACGUCCAGGCGGUCGACGACACCAUGAUGCUCAAGAACACGACCGACGCCGCCCUCAUCUUCCAGAACGAGAAAGAGCUCAACCAGACGCUGUACUACCUCAUCGGGAAUUCGAUAAUCAGGCUGGUGGUGAUCGACUACCUCUCGCCGCAGACCGUCGAGCGGAUCGGCAACAUGAGGCCCCUGCCCUCCUACUACGCCACUUACUCCGACACCAGACAUAUGGAGGAGCUGUUCAAGACGGCCAUAGACGGGGGCCUGGUGAAGCGCGACGGAGUCUGGUACCUGGUCUUCACGGACUACAACUACGCCGAGUUCUCCUACUUCAAGGAAGCCUCGGCGCUCAACGUCACAGUCAACGUCCUCACCAUGAAGGAGGACGUCUGCUGCCACCUGAUGUACACCAAUCCACCUUGCAGCUGUCCUCCUAAUUUCCAGAUCUUCGAUCACUACUUUCGCCGGCUCAUCAACCUCAUCGUCGAGACGCUCAGCGAGCUCCAGUCGGCGAACCAGCUGCAGGAACCGCGGAGCGGCCAGUGCACGGCUAAAAACUCCUCCGGCAGCGCGGCCGGCAACGCGACGCUUUCCGAUUUCGACAAGAAAAUCCUGGCCAAAAUCCAGAAGAACGAGACGUUCGAGUACGUGGAGAAGCUGACCCUGAUCACCUACCGGGCCGCGGCCGAGCUGAAGGUCCUGUCGAACGGCGAGCUCGUGGCCAACGCCACCUGGAGCCGCGACACCGGCAUCGUGCCCCUGCCCAACCGGACGAUCCAGGCGGCUCGACGCUACUUCCGCAUCGGCACCACCGAGGCCAUCCCCUGGACGAUCAAGAAGCGCGACCCCCAGACGAACGAGCCCCUCAGGAAGCCCGACGGCAGCCUCGUCUGGGAGGGCUACUGCGUCGAGCUCAUCCAGAAGCUGGCCGACAUGAUGGACUUUGACUACGACCUCGUCCUGCCGGAGGACGGCGAAUUCGGCCAGAAAGUUAACGGGCUCUGGAACGGUCUCGUCGGCGAUCUCGCCAAAGGACAAACCGACAUCGCGGUCGCCGCGCUUACGAUGACGUCAGAACGAGAGGAAGUCAUCGACUUUGUCGCUCCGUACUUUGAGCAAUCGGGCAUACUGAUCGUGAUGAGGAAGCCGGUGCGGAAGGCCUCGCUCUUCAAGUUCAUGACGGUCCUGCGGCUGGAGGUCUGGCUGAGCAUCGUCGGCGCCCUCACGCUCACCGGCAUCAUGAUCUGGAUCCUCGACAAGUACUCGCCCUACAGCGCGCGCAACAACAAGCACAUGUACCCCUACCCCUGCAGGGAGUUCACCCUGAAGGAGAGCUUCUGGUUCGCCCUGACGUCGUUCACCCCCCAGGGCGGUGGCGAGGCGCCCAAGGCCCUGUCCAGCCGCACCCUCGUAGCCGCCUACUGGCUCUUCGUCGUCCUCAUGCUGGCCACUUUCACCGCGAACCUCGCGGCUUUCCUCACCGUCGAGAGGAUGCAGUCCCCGGUGCAAUCGCUCGAGCAACUGGCGCGCCAGUCGCGGAUCAACUACACCGUCCUGGACAACUCGACGAUCCACCAGUACUUCAAGAACAUGAAGAUGGCCGAGGAGAAGCUCUACCAAGUCUGGAAGGAGAUCACGCUGAACAGCACGAGCGACCAGGUCGAGUACCGCGUCUGGGACUACCCGAUCAAGGAGCAGUACGGCCACAUACUCCAGGCCAUCACUCAAGUGGGCACGGUGAAGAGCAGCGAGGAGGGGUUCCAGAAGGUGAUCGACAGCGAGAACGCCGAGUUCGCCUUCAUCCACGACUCCUCGGAGAUCAAGUACAAAGUCACGCAGAACUGCAACCUCACCGAGGUGGGCGAGGUAUUCGCCGAGCAGCCUUACGCCAUAGCCGUGCAGCAAGGCAGUCACCUGCAGGAGGAGAUCAGCAGGAGAAUCCUCGAUCUCCAGAAGGAUCGCUACUUCGAGAGCCUCAGCUCCAAGUACUGGAACCAGUCGCUCAAGGGCUCCUGCCCCAACUCGGACGACAACGAGGGCAUCACCCUCGAGAGCUUGGGCGGAGUCUUCAUCGCGACGCUCUUCGGCCUGGCGCUGGCCAUGGUCACGCUCGCCGGCGAGGUGAUCUACUACCGGCGGCGCAACGCCCAGGACGAGCAGAACCAGCAGAAGCACCGCGAUCACAGCAAGAGCAAGGACCGGAUGGACGACAGCGACCAGAUAAUAAUCCAGAAGCUCGCUGCCAAGCUCCAGCUGAAACCGGCCCCGCCCGUCAGCUUCGACGGAAAACCCGUGGCCCAGGGCCUCGGGACCAAGCCUCGGGUCUCCCAGAUAUCCGUCUAUCCCAGGCCCUUCCCCUUCAAGGAGUGAGACGCACGCGAGACGCACGCGAGACGCACGACUGCAGUUUCUCCACCAGUAGCCAGUAGAUUUUUCUCUAUGCUGCGCAUAAUAACAAUAUUCUUGACCAUACACGAGUUGUUGUGUAGCUCGAUGGUAUGUACGACUAUGAAUAAAGUGGCUGUCACGCAUAUUUUUCAAAUAACCAA